AUGAAGCUCCUCACUCUCGCCAUUGGUCUCCUCACGGCCACAGCUCUGGCCACACCUCUCAUCACCGAUGCCAUGAUUGUCCAAUAUCCAACGUAUGGAAGGUGCGACGGGGAAAUCUUGCACGCGACCACCGUGCACCUCCCUGCUUUACUCUUGGAGUGUGUGAGUGUCGCUGCAUCGUUCCGGAACAGGCGCCUCGCAGUCACUCACCACCGCCGACACCUCCAUCCUCCCUCCCUCUGUCAACACCUACCAGCGGACUCCACCUCACCGCUACCGACACACCACCACACCGCCGCUGUCAUGAUCCUCCGCUUCCUCGGCAGCGUCAUCUUCCUCUUCUCCAUCGUCUUCACCAUCCCUCUCGCCUUCGAUGUCGGCGGACGAACAUGCGGCCUGGCCUUCAGCUUGAGCCUCGCGACCUUUUACUUCUUCCUAUCAACCCUUCGCAUCGCAACUCCCGACGAUUCACGAUGGCGACGAGCUGCAGUCAACACCAUCGCUUCGGCACAGGUCCUCGUCAUACCAACCCUCCUCAUCUGGUCCCUCAACAAAUUCAGCGUCGACAGCGCCAAUGACGCCAACUGGGUCUCACGUGCCUUCGCCAACACAACCAAGAGCAUGGACAAGAAUAAUGCAACAUUCGAUGAGUGGGUGUUUGGACGAGACGGACUGCUGGAGCAGGUGUUGAUUGGUGGAUGGGAUAAGCUACUGCGAUAUUCGACGCCCGUCUUUCAGCUCGUAGAAGGCUUCUGCAGCUUGUUGGUCAUCCAAGCCGCUGGUCAAGUCACUCGCUAUCUGGUCAACAAUUCCGAUGGAGGCGACACAUGGAUGGUUGGCUUGCUUGUCCCGUGCGGCAGCAUUAUUGCAAGCUCUUGCUACUUCAUCUACCGUAUGACCACCUUUCCCGGACUGGACACGCAGGAUGCCAUCCUCAUUGGCAUCGCCAUUGCCAGCGUGUUCUUCCUCUGCGUUUGGGGCAUGGGCAGCGGACGUGGAAACGUGGUGGAGAGCUCUCUCCUCUUCGCCUAUGUCACCCUCUGCAUCUACCAGAUCUUCACCGAUUACCAGCCGACUCAUGCUCUUCCGACCGCUGCGAUCCCUGACACUGCCGAAUUUCCACCUCUUCCGCCUAUCCUCAUGGCCAGCUAUACCACGAUUCUGCAAGCGCUUUCCUCGCUGCCGAGCACCAUUCACUCAGCCUUUGGCUUCAUGGUUGCUGCCGUCCAGACGGUCACUCCUUCCGUCAUCAUCUCUCUGAUCUACCGAUUGAUGGUACUGUACGCUGCAGCCCGCAUCAUCCCGGCCGUUCGCGAGUCCGGCGCUCGAGCUCUCUCCGAGGAUCCAUCGCUCGAAGAUUCAUCCGAAGGAGUGUCGACUUUGAUGGGACUGCUGAGCUACUUUGCACCCAGCAUCCUCAUCGCGGUAUACACAAGCCUACUCAUGCAGCACUUUGCCAGCGCGGCGGCGGAUCAUCCAGGCGAAUGGUGGACAAGUCAGGGCGGAGAAGGUGGCAGUGAUAUCUCACGGUGGGCGAACUUGGCUGGCACUAUGGCAUUGUAUGCGGUCGAGUUGUACCUCGGCAAGGGACAUGACGACGGCCUCACGAGUCACUGGAAGAUGGACUGA